ACACUCUGAUUGGCCUCAGGAAAUCCAGAAUUGGGCGGAGGAGGGGGAGGGUGUUGAUGGGCGGAGCACACACCUGCCCAGGUGCACCUGAGCUAGAAGCAAAGAGGCUUUGUGAGACAAGGACCAGUUGGGGUCAGAGCAGAAGGCACUGACAGGGUCCCCAUGGAGGAGCUGGUGGGGCUGCGAGAGGGCUCCUCUGGGAACCCGGUGGCCCUGCGGGAGCUGUGGGGCCCGUGUCCCCGCCUCCGCCGCGGCAUCCGAGGUGGCCUGGAGUGGCUGAAGCAGAAGCUGUUCCGCGUGGGCGAGGACUGGUACUUCCUGAUGACCCUGGGGGUGCUCAUGGCCCUCAUCAGCUAUGCCAUGAACUUCGCCCUCGGGCGCGUGGUCAGAGCGCACAAGUGGCUGUACCGGGAGAUUGGGGACAGCCACCUGCUCCGGUACCUCUCCUGGACCGUGUACCCUGUGGCCCUGGUCUCCUUCUCCUCCGGCUUCUCCCAGAGCAUCACGCCCUUCUCAGGAGGUUCCGGAAUCCCAGAGCUGAAGACCAUCCUGUCGGGGGUGGUCUUGGAGAACUACCUGGACAUCAAGAACUUCGGGGCCAAGGUGGUGGGCCUCUCCUGCACCCUGGCCACGGGCAGCACCCUCUUCCUGGGCAAAGUGGGCCCCUUCGUGCACCUGAGCGUGAUGAUUGCUGCCUACCUGGGGCGCGUGCGCACCAAGACCAUCGGGGAGGCGGAGAACAAGAGCAAGCAAAAUGAGAUGCUGGUGGCAGGGGCGGCGGUGGGCGUGGCCACGGUCUUUGCAGCCCCCUUCAGCGGCGUCCUGUUCUGCAUCGAGGUCAUGUCUUCCCACUUCUCCGUCUGGGAUUACUGGAGGGGCUUCUUCGCUGCCACCUGCGGGGCCUUCAUGUUCCGGCUCCUGGCCGUCUUCAACAGCGAGCAGGAGACCAUCACCUCCCUCUACAAGACCAGCUUCCCGGUGGACGUCCCCUUCGACCUGCCGGAGAUCUUCUUCUUCGUGUUGCUGGGGGCCAUCUGCGGCGUGGCCAGCUGUGCCUACCUCUACUGCCAGCGCACCUUCCUGGCCUUCACCAAAACCAACAAACUCAUCUCCAAACUGAUGGCCACCAGCAAGCCUCUGUACGCAGCCCUGGCGGCCACGGUUCUGGCCUCCAUCACCUACCCCCCCGGAGUGGGCCGCUUCAUGGCUUCUCGGCUGUCCAUGAGGGAGCAUCUGGACACCCUGUUUGACAACCACUCGUGGGCGCUGCUGACCCGCAACUCGUCCCCACCGUGGCCUGCGGAGCCCGACCCCCAGCACCUGUGGUGGGAAUGGUACCACCCCCGCUUCACCAUCUUCGGGACCCUCGCCUUCUUCCUGGUUAUGAAGUUCUGGAUGCUGAUUCUGGCCACCACCAUCCCCAUGCCCGCUGGCUACUUCUUGCCCAUCUUCAUCAUUGGAGCUGCCAUUGGGCGCCUCUUGGGGGAGGCCCUCUCUGUCGCCUUCCCUGAGGGCAUCGUGGCUGGAGGUGUCAUCAACCCCAUCAUGCCCGGCGGCUACGCCCUGGCAGGGGCUGCGGCCUUCUCAGGCGCGGUGACCCACUCCAUCUCCACUGCGCUGCUGGCCUUCGAGCUGACCGGACAGAUCGUGCACGCCCUGCCAGUGCUCAUGGCUGUGCUGGCGGCCAACGCCAUCGCCCAGAGCUGCCAGCCCUCCUUCUACGACGGCACCAUCAUGGUGAAGAAGCUGCCCUACCUGCCUUGGAUCCGGGGUCGCCCCAUCAACUCCCACCGCGUGAUCGUGGAGCACUUCAUGCGCCGUGCCAUCAGCACGCUGGCCAGGGACGCGGCCCUGGAGCAGGUGGUCAAGGUGCUGACCUCCACGGACGAGGCCGAGUACCCCCUGGUGGAGAGCACAGAGUCGCAGCUCCUGGUGGGCAUCGUGCAGAGGGCCCAGUUGGUGCAAGCCCUCCAGGCCGAGGCACCUGCCAGGGCUUCAGGACAGCAGCGCUGUCUCCAGGACAUCCUGGCUGGGGGCUGCCCCACGGAGCCAGUGACCCUGACGCUGUCCCCUGAGACCUCGCUGCACCAGCUGGAGAAAGCAAUCUCUGCCCUGACGAACCCACCGGCCGCCAAGUGAGCUGCCCCGCAUGAGGAGGCGGGACACCCCCUGCCCUUGGUGACUGUGGCGUCCAGGAGCCAGCGUCCCUUCUCCAGUCCCGACCUCCCCACCGCUCCAUCCUAGCUCACCUGCUGGGCUUGGCAGCAGCCCUAACCCAGCCCCGACAGGAGCCCCACUUUCUCCCCAUGCCAUCUUGGGGGACACCAGCUCCUGCCUUGAAGCACAGAGCUCAGAGUGCGAGGGAGGGGAAGACCAGACCAGGGCGGCGCCCAGGGAGCAGGUGCUCGGCUCAUGGCUGCGGAGGCUGGCGGGCGCCGUCGGCAGGGGCAGGCCUGGAGGUCCUCGGGGAUGGGCUGAGGUUCCCGAGAGAAAUAAAGCCGAGCCCUCCCGGAGCCGCAGCUCCUCCCUCACUUGAGCUCCAAGGGUGUUCACUGGCUCUUAGCCUCUCACCUGUGCUGGCCCAGAGCGCGCUCCUGGGGACACGGGCGGUCACGGGGGCCCUGCGGUCUGGCUCCCUCAUCUCCUCCUGAUGCCCCACUUCCUGGGAUGGAGACAGGAUCCCCCAGGACUUGGGAUGCUCCUCUUCCUGGACAGGCAAGACCCAGUGGCCCAGCCCUUGGAUGAGCCACAGGUGAAGGGGGGGGGGUCCUGGGUGUGUCCCCUUGGGGCGUCCAGUGUCUAGGGCAUCCUCCAUGUUGGGCCUUGAGACACAGAUGGCUAAUCCCACACCUGAUGAAAGCAACAUGACCCCGGUAUUCACUGCCUGAGACUGCAGGCUCCCUCCUAGCCACGGGCGGAUGAAAGUUCACUGCGGACUCUGACCAGCCCUGGCCA